UUCUCUCCCUCUCUCUCUUUCACUCUCUGUCCCCGCUUCGAAUCUCUUUAUCUAGUUGUGAUUCUUUAAUGGAGGAGAAAACCAUAGCUAAUCCGAGUUGUCACAGCUGCUUAUCUCCAUUUGUUCUUCCAUGUCUCUCUUGCAUGCAUGUUGAACUAAUCGAGUUUCAAGUAUAGAGCUUUGCGAAAUUUGAUGGGGCUGUACACUGCUGCUCUUGCGACUAUUGCUAUUUUUCUUACUCUACCUCUCGUUCUUGCGAUCACUGAUGCGUCUGAUGUUCAAGCUCUUCAGGUUUUGUACAGCUCAUUGAACAGUUCUUCUCAGUUAACCGGGUGGAAGUCCAGUGGCGGUGAUCCUUGUGGAGAAUCAUGGAAAGGGUUAACCUGCGAGGGUUCUGCUGUUGUUGCCGUGUACGUAUGUAUUCGUGUAGUUCCUGGGUUGGGACUCAACGGGACCUUGGGAUACUUGCUUUCGGACUUUUUGUCGCUGAGAACACUGGAUUUGAGUGACAACAAUAUCCACGAUUCGAUUCCAUAUCAAUUACCGCCAAAUCUCACAAGCUUAAAUCUUGCCAGUAACAACUUAAGCGGGAAUUUUCCUUAUUCCGUUUUAGACAUGGGUUUCCUCAAUUACUUGAACCUUAGCCAGAACUUGCUCUCCCAGUCGAUCAAAGAUAUUUUUGCACAGCUUCCGGGGCUCUCGGUCUUGGAUCUGUCAUUCAACAAUUUCAGUGGAGAUCUUCCCAAUUCCUUCAGUUCAUUGUCCAACCUUUCUACUCUCUAUAUGCAGAACAAUCAGUUGACAGGUUCAGUUAAUGUUCUUGCAAAUCUGCCUCUGACAAAUCUAAAUAUCGCAGACAACAAAUUCAAUGGCUCGAUUCCUCAGGAGUUAAAUUCUAUUCCAAAUUUUAUAUAUGCUGGAAAUUCAUUUAAUAAUAGUCCUGCUCCUGCUCCUGCUCCUGCUCCGCCACCAUAUUCUGCACCUCCUCCUGGUAGGUCAGAUAAUAAUCGUAACCAUUCUGGGCCAGGUACACAUACAACCCGGGGCUCUGAUGGUCAAUCAUUGCAUUCAGGGAGUGGGAAUAAGCACAAGGGUUUAACAGCUGGACCUGUUGUAGGCAUAAUUCUUGGUUCAGUAUUGGUGGUUCUGUGUCUGCUGCUUUCUAUUGUUUUUUGCCUUAGAAAAGGUAAAGCUGGGAAGAAAAGUAGUGCACGGGCUUCUAAUGAAACUCCUUCAGCUGGGGCUGAUAAAGUAAUCAAUUCAGAGUUGCAAUCACAGAGGAUCAGAAGUAUGGCUGUCGUAACAGAUCUGAAACCCCCACCUGCAGAAAUGUGGAUGGGUGAGAGAGUACCUUCGAAAAAUGAAUCUGGAAACAGAGGGAAAGCUUCUAUUAUUGCUACUUCAUAUACCAUAGCGUCUCUUCAAACAGCAACAAAUAGCUUUAGUCAGGAAUGCCUUAUUGGUGAAGGUUCCCUUGGCCGUGUUUACAGAGGAGAGUUUCCUAAUGGAAAGGUUCUAGCCAUUAAGAAGAUCGACAAUGCAGCAUUGUCAUUACAGGAGGAAGAUAACUUUCUUGAAGCUGUUUCAAACAUGUCACGCCUUAGGCACCAAAAUAUCACAACUUUUGCAGGGUAUUGUGCGGAGCAUGGUCAGCGCCUACUGGUUUAUGAAUAUGUUGGAAAUGGGACUCUGCAUGAUAUGUUGCACUUUUCUGAGGAUAGCAGCAAGGUGCUUUCAUGGAAUGCUCGUGUUAGGGUUGCACUUGGUACUGCUAGGGCCCUAGAGUACUUGCAUGAAGUUUGCUUACCUUCUGUAGUGCAUAGAAAUCUCAAGUCGGCAAAUAUUUUACUUGAUGAUGAGCUUAAUCCCCAAUUGUCCGACUGUGGACUAGCAGCAUUAACACCAAACACUGAACGACAGGUUUCAACUCAGAUGGUUGGUUCUUUUGGGUAUAGUGCUCCAGAAUUUGCAAUGUCUGGAAUUUAUACAGUUAAAAGUGAUGUGUACAGCUUUGGAGUAGUGAUGCUAGAACUUUUGACAAGUCGGAAGCCACUGGACAGUUCUAGGGUAAGAUCAGAACAGUCCCUUGUCAGAUGGGCUACUCCUCAACUUCACGAUAUUGAUUCGUUGGCAAAAAUGGUUGACCCAGCACUAAAUGGCAUGUACCCUGCAAAAUCACUUUCACGUUUUGCUGACAUCAUUGCCUUGUGUGUUCAGCCGGAGCCAGAGUUCCGGCCUCCAAUGUCUGAAGUUGUACAAGCAUUGGUUCGGUUAAUGCAACGAGCAAGUGUGGUCAAAAGACGGUCUAGUGAUGAACCAGGGUUUAUCUACCGAAUGCCAGAUUAUGAGGCCGUUGAGAUGUCAUUCUAGGUAUCUGAUAAUGAAGUUAUUCCUCUUUAUAAGUGGAAACAUGUAAAUAAGUGAAAGGUGCACUUGAACACAGGCAGAACAUAGUCAAGAAAUGAAGGAUGCUGUACUCUCCAUGAUGCAAAUGAAGGUGUGUAUUAUUUAAGAAGAAAUCCCACUGAAUUGUAUUUAA